GUUCACUCAAUGUAAAGUUGUCACUGCUGUUAAUAUUUUAUACAUUGUUUAUAAUAAAAUUAGUAAAAGUUUUUAAAUGGCUACUUAUUGCAAUCAACAUUGGUUACUUUCUCAUAUACGAAAUUCUUUUAUAUCCACUGAUGAUACUGGAAUGUGUGAAACGGUAAUGGUAAGCGAUGACUUACCUAAACAUUAUUUAAGUAAAUUUCAAACGGGUAAUCAGCAACUUGGUUAUCAAAAUCAGCACCGCAAAUCUAGUGGCAAUACCAGUGCUAAUAAAGCACAAAUGCAACGUUCUUUAGACCUUCCACCACAAGAAGCAGAUUUUGUGUGUUACCCUGGUCUAGACUUAAGCGAUGAUGAAGAUAUGGAUCUUUCGUCACAAUCGUAUGAUAUACAAAUGUAUCCGGAAGUGGGUGCACAUAGAUUUCGUUCCAACACUGCUCAAAAAUUGGAGAAAAUGGAUAUAGCACGACGAAAAGCAGCACGUACCAAGUGUGUAAACUAUGACGAUGAGGUUAUUCCUCCAGAUGAUAGUGAUUAUUUUGUACGAAAAACACUUUCUCCUGCAAAAGUUAUACAACCUAAAGAAUCUAUAGCUGUGGAAAUUACUGAAGAUGCGACAAUGGAAGAAACUUGUGACUCUGGUAUAAAAAGCAAAUUAGCUUUUCAACUUGCUAAUAGUCCAAAGCAGUCUCAAAAUAAAUUUAUGGAAUAUGCGAAGUUUGACGGUACAUCACAAACGGGCAUACAAACAAAACGUAUCAAUGUUUACUUAAGUAUGCUGCCUGAGCGUGAACGUAAUUAUCCAAUAAAAAUAUGUGUACUCGCAACUGCUAAAAUAAUAGAGGUCAUUGGUCUAGUUUGUUAUAAGGCUACAAUGCAAUAUCCUGAUAUACCAUUGAAAUCUAUAAGGCAUUAUGCUUUAUAUAUGACAGAAGAUAAUGAUGAUAUGGAAGAUUUUCCACCGCUUGAUAACCGUGAGCCUUGCUCAAAAUUUGGUUUCUCUCAUCUCACACUAGCUGAACGACGACCAUUGGCGCCUGUAACGCGCAUUGAUUAUCAUAAUAAUUUAGCAACAAAAUCAAUGACUUCCGAAGAAGAUAAAGCACGUCUAGCGGCAGCUGCUGUUUACUCUCUACAAAAUAUUGAAUUGCAUGGUGGGAAUGUCGAAGAUAAGGAUAAAAAGAAAGAUACUGAUAGUGAUGAGCACAGUGAUCAUGAUGAACUAAUUGGACAUAAUAAUGCUCUGGAAGCGCCAAUGUAUCGAACGUAUCGUUUGCAAAUAAUUGAGAAGUCUUUCUUCAAGACCGAAGUUACAUUAGGUAUUUCAGGAGAACGUAUUGAAAUAGACCAACACAAAAUCGCUAAAUUUUGGACAAAACAAAAAGCUGUAACUUAUCCAAUAGAAUCAAUUGCAUUUUGUGAAAUUGUUGAACGUCGUUCGAGUAAAACAAUUUUACGUAUAUGGCUUCGAUCUUCUUCAUCGUCUGGCAGUAGUGGUGAUAGCAAAACGAUGUCUCUUCAGUUAGGUGGCAGUGGUACAAGCGGUGGUGGUUCACAUUCACCAAAUAGUCCUGCGCAUUAUCCACAACAUGCGUCACCAUUUGCUUUCUUUCAAAAUACAACCGCUUCAAGUCAACAUCAUCAAAUGCGUUUUAAACAUUAUGAUUUUGAGACAGAUUUUCGAACUGCUGAACACAUACUUAAUAAAUUGAAUUGCAUAUUGGAAGUGCGUUCAAGUGAAGUACGGCGGGAGUUUUUACAAAUGCGUGAACGAAAGUUGGAAAAGAGUCUAGCAAAGAAAAAUUUAAAAAUGUAGUAUCCACAAUAUUAUUUUGAUUGCUUCAGAGUAAUCAGCGUCUAUAAUCACGGCAAUCCAGCUUCAAUAUGUCGUUAUAAACGCAAUGCUAAAUUCUAAUUAAGUGUAUUUGCCGAAUUACCAAUACGUGUAACGUAGGACUGAAAGAACAUUUCGUUAGACGAAGAAUCGUUAUUUCUUUAGUUUGUGAAAAAAAAAAAUUGUAAAAAAGUAAUGCCCCGGGUGAGGCUCGAACUCACGACCUUAAGAUUAUGAGACUUACGCGCUGCCUACUGCGCCACCGAGGCUAUAAGAACUCCGUGUCUAUUGUGUAAAAAGUUCUUAAAGUAGAACAAAAUCAUAAAAUAAAA